AUGCAAACGGAGGCUAGGGUUGGUGUUGCGGUGGACGGUGGUGUACGGAAGUUAGUGCAGAAACAACCGCCACCGCAACAGAUUGGGACGCUUUCUCAGCUCCUCGCCGGAGGAGUUGCUGGUGCGUUUAGUAAAACAUGUACGGCGCCACUUGCGAGAUUAACUAUCCUCUUUCAGGUUCAGGGGAUGCAUUCCAAUGUUGCAACUUUGAGAAAAGCAAGUAUAUGGAACGAGGCUUCAAGAAUAAUUCAUGAAGAGGGGUUUAGAGCUUUCUGGAAAGGGAACCUGGUUACAAUUGCUCACCGAUUACCUUAUUCUUCAGUUAACUUUUAUUCUUACGAGCAUUACAAGAAGUUGCUGAGAACGGUUCCGCAACUGCAAAGUAAUAAGGAUAAUGUCAGUGCAGACCUUUGCAUACAUUUUGUUGGUGGUGGGCUGGCUGGCAUAACUGCUGCUACGUCUACUUAUCCCUUGGAUCUUGUAAGAACGCGGCUUGCUGCGCAGACAAAUUUUAUCUACUAUAGAGGUAUUGGGCAUGCUUUACAAACAAUUAUCAAUGAAGAGGGAUUACUUGGGCUUUAUAAGGGACUUGGAACUACACUAUUGACUGUUGGGCCAAAUAUAGCAAUCAGCUUCUCCGUAUAUGAAAGCUUGAGAUCAUUUUGGAUGUCACACAGAUCGGACGAUUCACCUGUUGUUGUUAGUCUCGCAUGUGGCAGUCUUUCAGGCAUUGCAUCAUCAACAGCAACAUUUCCCUUGGAUCUUGUGAGACGGAGGAAGCAACUUGAGGGGGCCGGUGGGCGAGCCCGUGUGUACAAUACCGGUCUCUUUGGUACUUUCAAGCACAUAUUCCGGACGGAAGGUUUGCGUGGCCUUUACAGAGGAAUUUUGCCCGAAUACUAUAAGGUGGUGCCUGGUGUAGGCAUCUGUUUUAUGACUUAUGAGACAUUGAAGAUGGUUUUAGCGGAGAUUACUACUGCGUGA